UAAAGUCAAGGGCUAAGGAGGGAAGGAGAGGGCUUAGAAAUACCAGCAUAACAAGGAGUCUGACUGGGGCGCUCUGUGAAUUAACUCAAUUAGACAAAGCCUGGUUUAAUGGAGGAGACGGGACAAGCGCUACCCUCAUUAAAUUGAGCUGUUAAAGGCGCUUCUAACAGAAUUAGAUUUGUUGCAGUUUGAAUCCCAUAAAAUGGUCUGUGCGUGUGCACGCACACAUGGGCACACGCAUAGGUGCUGUGAUCAGUGCGGCUAUUUUUUAAAAAGGAGAGGACUAGAGGGCAAAACAGAAAGAUACCCCAAACCCCAAAAUCAGAGCAGAGAGUGACCUCUCAAGAGCGCGCGCGCAGGAGGCCAGGGAGAGCAGGAGAGAAGCAAGGAGUGGAGCCAUGAGCCCCCUGGGCUGGGGCCUUCUGCUCAGCUGCUGCCUGGGCUGGGCCAGCCUGCCCCGCGCCGCAGCGCAGUUCCCCCGGGUCUGCAUGACGGUCGGCCGCCUGGUGUCCAAGGAGUGCUGCCCGCUGCUGGGCGCCGAGCCCGCCAACGCCUGUGGCUCCCUGCAGGGUCGGGGCCGCUGCGUGGAGGUGCAAGUGGACACCAGGCCCUGGAGUGGCCCUUACGUCCUGCGCAACCAGGAUGACCGGGAGCGGUGGCCGAGGAAGUUCUUCGACCGGACCUGCAAGUGCACAGGAAACUUUGCUGGUUAUGACUGUGGAGACUGCAAGUUCGGCUGGACGGGUCCCAACUGUGAUCGGAAGAAACCACCGGUCAUUCGGAAGAACAUCCAUUCGCUGACGCCUCAGGAGAGGGAGCAGUUCUUGGGUGCCUUAGACCUGGCGAAGAACACCCCACACCCCGACUACGUGAUCACCACGCAGCACUGGCUGGGCCUGCUCGGGCCCAACAGGACCCAGCCCCAGAUCGCCAACUGCAGCAUUUACGAUUUCUUUGUGUGGCUCCAUUACUAUUCUGUCAGAGAUACACUAUUAGGACCAGGGCGCCCAUAUAAGGCCAUAGAUUUCUCGCAUCAAGGACCCGCCUUUGUCACCUGGCACCGGUACCAUUUGUUGUGGCUGGAAAGAGAUCUCCAGCGGCUCACUGGCAACGAGUCCUUUGCUUUGCCCUACUGGAACUUUGCCACCGGGGGAAACGAGUGUGACGUGUGUACAGACCAGCUCCUGGGGGCGGCGAGACAAGACGACCCAACCCUCAUUAGCACGAACUCCAGAUUUUCCAAUUGGGAGAUUGUCUGUGACAGCUUAGAUGACUACAACCAACGAGUCACGCUAUGUAAUGGGACCUAUGAAGGUUUGUUGAGAAGAAAUCAAGUGGGAAGAAACAAUGAGAAAUUGCCAACCUUAAAAGACAUUCAAGAUUGCCUGUCGCUCAACAAGUUUGACAAUCCCCCUUUCUUCCAGAACUCUACCUUCAGCUUCAGGAAUGCCCUGGAAGGGUUUGACAAAGCAGAUGGGACCUUGGACUUUCCAAUGACCAACCUCCACAAUUUGGUCCAUACCUUCCUCAGUGGAACAAAUGCUUUGCCACAUUCUGCUGCCAACGAUCCUGUUUUUGUGGUACUACACUCCUUCACCGAUGCCAUUUUUGACGAGUGGAUGAAAAGAUUUAACCCGUCUGUGGAGGCCUGGCCACAGGAACUGGCACCCAUCGGUCACAAUCGGAUGUAUAACAUGGUUCCCUUUUUCCCUCCGGUAACUAAUGAGGAACUCUUUUUAACCGCAGACCAACUUGGCUAUAGCUAUGCCAUUGAUUUGCCAGUUUCAGUUGAAGAAACUUCCAGUUGGACAACAACUCUCUCUGUGGUUCUGGGAGUGCUGGUGGCUUUGGUUGGUCUUUUUGUGUUGCUGGUUUUCCUGCAGUAUAGAAGACUUCGAAAAGGAUAUACACCUCUCAUGGAGACACAACCACACAAGAGAUACACAGAAGAAGCCUAGGAUGCUUAAGCCUUACCCUCAAGAAAAGACUGGCUGAACUCUGGUGCUGACCCCGACAAUGAACAAACUUGUUCUUCCCUUAAUUGAAAGACUUUGGCACAGCUCCUCCUACUGUGGUGAUGACCCUAGAUGCAGAAGAUGCUUAGCUGUAGUUUCAAUUUAACUGCAGCUGAAAUGCUUGAGGCUAUCUCUACCAUCAAACAAAGGUAGAACUGAUCAUCUGUGGUAUCUGGUAAUAAUUUCCAUAUUGAUCAAGUCCUCUCAUGUUCUGAAAGCAACACACACACACACACACAAAUGAUAGAGUAGAUUCAGUUUAAUUUUCAGGUCAAUGUAAUUUGACACCACAUCAAGAUGUUGGUUGUAUCCUUCUUGGCCUUAGGGGCUUUAUGUGAAUGGGGUGAGCUGGGUCUGGUAGGCAUAGUCUGAGUCUCCAGGAUCCCUUUUAGCUGGAGAUAUCCCUUUAGAUAAGAUAUCCCUUUAGAUAUCUGGAGAUAACCCUUUAGAUAUCCCUUUAGAUAAACAUCUAUACUCUUAGAUACUUUCUUCAUCAUUUUUUCAAUUUUCUUUUCUGUCUUUUACUCCCCAGCCUUUAAAAUCACUGAUGAAAAAAAAAAAAAAUAAAAUCACUGAUGAUGAAAAUAAACUUUAUUUCCCAUAUAAGAUGGAGAAUGAAAGAUCAAUUUAGUUCUCUUUGGUAAAUGAGAUUUUACAGAAUUUAUCAAAAGUCUACACUUCUUAAGAGUAGAUCUACUACAAGAUCCAAUGGCUGGAUUAACAGUGAUCCGAUAGUUAUAAAUAAAUACAUGAAGACUUAAAUCAGAGCUUUCCAGGUCAUUAAUAUACUGCUUUGAACCUAUGGCAAGUAGAGAAUCCUUCUUUCUAGGAAAAGCUGACUGGAGUCACUGCUUCUAGGUCUCCUUUCAGUAAUCCUGAACCAAUUCCUUUACAAGAUGGCCUCAGAUGAAGCUUCGAGAGGUCGGGUUGUACACCUCUCCUUACAACUCCAAUGUCAUUACGCCAAAGCACUUUUAAGUCCUCAGAAAAUGGCCAUGGUUAAUUGAUACAGCUAACCUGCAUAAAUACAUUUGGCUUAUUUUUAAGAGUUGAUUUUAGAUGUAUUAAUGAUGUACUGACAUUUACUUAUGUAUGCUCAUCAAUUGUCUUAUCACUAAAAAGAAAACCAUCCAUACAUAACAACAACUCAGAAUUAAGUGCUAUUUUCUACUAAGCAAUCAUCAGAUCAUGAAAAAUAAGAAUGAAGUCUCUUUUCUAAGGUGUUUAGGCUUAGCAAAAUGAUCUCUAUUUCUGAGUAGUUGGUGGUUAUUGAGAUCUCAACAUAGAGUUCAUUUUUUCAUAUCUGAAACCUGUAUAUCAAUAAUGAGGCCACAGUUCUAGAAGGUGAUUUAUUUAUUCAUUUGAGUUCUUCUCUCCUGGGAUGGAUGUGUGUGAAGAGUUGGUAUUAAGAGGGCCCUAGAGCUAUCACCUACAUUUGGGGGUCCUGGAGAAUGCAGGAUUCACUAAGAACUAGUGGUAUCCCCUUGAUAAGAUUGCAAAUUCCAGAGAGAGGGACAAAAACCCAUUUGAAGGGCAUUGGAGUCUGAGUGAGUCUCAUAAAGCUACAGGUGUAUCGGAGAGAAGGUUCAGGGGAUGAGUCAGGAAAGUCUCAACUCUAUCAUGGGUCAAGCCCUGCUUGGGCAUUUUCAGACAGUCACAUGCAUAGAUUUCGAUUCCUGCCUUUAACAGUAUUCAUGGGAAAUUCAGCACUUUUUAAUUCACAUGCUUCACUCUGGAAGAUUUAUGGUUUGAAUUCAGGGUUGGUAGAGAACUUACUUUUACAUCCUGUUUUUAAGCCCAAAGAGAAAUAUAUCAAAAUGAAGACAUAAUUAUGCAUGGUAGAUAUGUUCUUGAGAAGUUGUAUAUAAAUCAAUUAUGUGAUAAAAGCACCAGGGGAAAUUACUUUCUAUAGAUGAACUAUUAUGAAUAAUUCUAUAAAGCAAAUAGCCGCCUCUAGCUCACCUGUCAGGUACAUCAGAAUUUUCAUACUUUGUAUCUUCAUAAGAUUUUCAUAAGCAAGAUCUAUCUGAAGUAGAAAUAAAGAGUAAUCAUUUAUACUCAGCUACUGUUAUCUAGCAUGUGUGUACCUUUUUAUAAAUAUUAUGCUUUAUAAUGUCCUAAGAGAAAUAAUUUUAAUUUUGUAGUUCUUGUAAAAGAAAUAAAAUUUUCUAACAUUACAAUAAAUCAAUUAGGAAUGCCUUUUAACAAAUCUAGAGGUAGAACAAACCCGUAGAAUAAAAACAUUGGUAUUUACUUGCACUAUUAUGUAAAUUAACCCAGAAAACAUCACUGAGCAUUGUAUGGCUAUACCUCUUCUUAAUGGCAGAAAAAAAAUGUAU